AUGACGAGCAUUACCAAGAACUUGCCUUUCUUUAUUCGAGAACCCGCAGUCGCUAUUAUUGGCCAAAAAUGUUACACCACUCUGAUUGAAAACCUCGAGCUUGGUGACGUUGACUGUCUUAAGUAUGCCAUAUCAAAAGGGCUCGGUAUUGGAAUCGUAGCUGGAGGAGCUGUAAUGAAGGUUCCCCAGUUAUUACUCAUCACAAGAGCCCGUUCGGCACGAGGUCUCAAUCUCACUUCGUAUAUUCUUGAAACUCUUGCAUACGCGAUAAAUCUCGCUUAUAGUGCUCGGAAUGCAUUCCCAUUUAGCACCUAUGGAGAGAACCUCUUCCUCACAAUCCAGAAUGUGGCGAUAACUUACCUGAUACUUCAGUAUCCCACUCCCACUCUGACCUCUGCAACAACUGCUCGUAAUCCACACGCGCACCUCUUACCUUUCACUGCAGCAACCCUGUUGGUUGGAUUGGUUCUCUUGUUCUCCCCAGCCAAAAUGCUAGCUAUCCUUCAGGUUUCAACUCUCCCAAUCGCCUUGUUCUCCAAGCUCCCUCAGAUCGCACAAAACCAAAAAGCACGGAGCACUGGGCAACUCUCUGCGGUGGCUGUUGGAGCUCAAACACUUGGUUGCUUGGCCCGUCUUUUCACGACCGCGACCGAAGUCGAUGACAUACUCGUUGCUGGGAGUUUUGUGUUGGCGCUUCUGCUCAAUCUCGUAGUGGCAGCACAGAUGGUGUUAUUUGGGGACAAGGCGUUGGCUCUGAGAAGGCACGAGUAG